GAGCAAUCACUAAGGCAAAUAUCCUUAAGGCAUUAGGGCUCGUACAACCUAAACGGAGUCACAUGAUCAAAUACAACCCGCAUGUUGUUAAUAUCGGCAAUAUCAAAUCCCAAUUAACGAAAUUGCUUGGCUUCUACGUGUGAAGUUCGUCCAUGGAGAUGCUGAACACGGAUUUCAUCGGCGGAGAAAAAACAUUCAACUUCUCGAAUUUUGAUCCAUCAUAUUUGGAAGGAAAAACAAGCGAUGAUAGCAACCAUAGCACCAUAUCGAGCGAGGAAAUACCACCGGUGUCACAUGAAACAUUGGGAAGCGAAGACGACGACGACGACACCGAAAGUUUCAACAGUGAGGAUUAUGCCGGAAGCAGGAGCGAGUAUGAGAGUGAAGAAGCUUGGAAGGAGACGAAGGUGUACAUUAGACGGCUGGUUGAGUCUCAGUACAUCCACUCUAUACGGAGGAGGCUUUGGAUGGGUAUGUGGAGGAGUAUUUAGAGGAGGACUCAGAGGAGGAUCCAGAGGACGAUUCAGAGGACGAUUCAGAAGACGAGGAUCAGUAUCCAUCUCAUUAUAGCUCCGUGAAGGAUUACACCUCCAUGGCCAUUGAUCAGUACAAUGCUGAUAACGUAUGUGUUACAUAGUAAUUCUUCAAAGUAAUAUCUUUCCCCUGCUCUCUUGUCAUUAUGUAUCCUUUCCCUGAGCUUGCUUGGUGUGUUGAUUUCUGUGAAUGGAAGGAUUAAUUUUUAUUUUACUACUUCAUCUAUAUUCGUUAGCUGUUUUAAUGAGAAAUACUAAAAUAGGUACAUGAUCAGUUAGUCCCUGUAUUUCUAUAUAGUUAUUUAUCUUCACUAUACCUUUGACCUUUCAAAUGGACACCUAUUCUAGAAACUAUAUAUCUUCACUUCCAUCUAAAAUAUCUGACCCAAACAAGCCGCGUGUCAUUUAGUGACGUGGGCCCGCUUGUGUAGAUUUGAAAUCGUCCAAGGCUUGACCAGCAUACUCCUUGCCCAACUUAGAACUCCGGUAGAGGAGAAGCAGGUAGUACGAAAAAGCACAAUGCACAUAGUGAGGCAGUGAAAUAUAGCUCGUAAGUCUGGGCAUCGUAGGUUCCAUGAGUUGUGCGCAUUAGGACGGCUAGUCCUAGGUGUGAGGCACUGCGCCUCUAUUUUUUUCGAACGAUUUCCAUUAUCCUGUUUUUUUAUGAUAAGCUGUAAUUGUUUUAGAGGGAAUAUAUAUCUGUUACAGUCAUCUGGUUUGUUUGGUUUGUUUGCUUUAUGUUAUGUUAUGUUAUGUUCUGUUAUGUUAUGAAUUAUGAAGUCUGAACUUGUUAAUAUUGUGAGUUUUGAUGUUGAUAUUUCUGUAUGAUUUAGUUUGUAUUAUGCUCUGCUAGAGAUGUAGUCUUAUAUUAUGAAGCACAUUCCUAUAUUAAUAUUCAAAACAUGGUGUUAAUGUUUUGAGUGCAAGAUAAUAUGUAACGAUAAUCUGUUUAGCAUACAGAUACGCCAUUUACCUUAGCUGUCUGUGCCUAGUGGCUAGCGCCUUGACUAUUGGAACCUAAGUUUCUUCUAUGCGCCUUUUGAAACUUAGGAUCAGAUCAAUACUGUUCUUUUUGUUAAUUUCAUGAACUAACUGUUUUUUUAUGGGAAUUUUAGAAUGCAAAGCUGGAUCUAGUGCGGAUCAAGAAAGUAAACUAUGGACGUUGUUGUGGUUACAAUUACUAUAUAACAAUCCUAGCCAAAGACACCAUUUCGGGAGAGGUUAAGACUCUUCAAGCCAAGGCUUACCAUUGCAUAUUCAAAGAAGAUAGAAGUUUGACUUUCGUGAGGUUGGCACCAGGACAGCAAUGGUAAUAAUCUCCUAUCUCUGCAUCUAGCUAAAGUUCAUGUUCUGUAUUCCCACAAUUAAUUUGGGUGAUUAUUCCAUCACUUGCCAUGGUGGUAGUAAUCUUUUCCAUCACAGUUUCUUUUCAUAAUAACUUUGCAAAAAUAUUUGAGUGCAGCCCAAUGUAGAAGUUUUCUUCUAUUCUUCUUUUCUUCUUUGGACCCCUGCCUCUCUGUUCUCCACGUUCCCUUUGAACCCCUGCAACUCUGCUCUCCAUGUUCUCUUUGAAGUUUCAACAAUUCAACCCCUGCCUCUCUUUUAGCUUCGUUGACUCUCCUGCGUGCUUGCUGUUGACGCAUUUCAUUUUACUUGCAGAUUAGCCAAUUCAAGUGCGAAUGAGAAUCGUAAAUUUGAGCUGCUGGAGAAUGGAGAAUGGUGUUGGAGCUGAUGCCAUUGAAUUUUAAUUAUGGUGUGAUGGUGCGUGAGCUACAAAUAAUUGCAACUGCUCAUUGAUGUAAGCGAUAUAAGGAGAACUUCAAGGGUACUAUGGAGGAAUCUUGCUACUAUUAUAUUACUAGUAGCUCACCCGUGCUAUGCACGGCAAAAAGCUUAAAUAUAUAUAAUUAAAAAAACGUUCUCAAAAAUCAUAUUGUCACAUCAAUUAAAAGAAUUAAAGUUGAAUAAGAAACAUUAGAUCUACAAAUUAUGAAAAACUUUUUUGUAGACAACAUUAUGCUUUGUGCAUCACCAUCUACUAACAAAAAUUUCAACCUUUUUCAAUUAGUAACUCUGAAAAUCGCAACAUAAAGUUGACCAUGAGAGAUUUCUUCAACAACCCCACAUUAGAGAGAGAUUGGUCUUGACUCUUGACUUUUAUUAAUUAUCUUUGCAUAAGCAACCAUUAUUGGAAAUUGUCUACUCUGAAAUUUGAAUGGAUGUCUCUCAUCUAAAAGCGUUAGUGAUAAUCUUGGAAUGAGAACGUGUUCACCCAUGCUUCUACCACUGAUAAUUGUGGCUUCUAAAAUAUGGUCAUCGAGCUUACUGAUUAUAUCCUAGUACUAUUGCAUAAUCCCAUAAAAUGGUCUAUGUUUCGCAAAAGCAUCACAUGAGUACCAACUUUCAAAGUGAUCUCAUGAUUGGAUACACCAAUUUUAGUAGUUACACUCAACUAAAUACGUAGCAUGUUGAUGGCAUGACUCACAAAAUAUUGUGAAAGUUUAGCAAAACGAAGACUUUUAUGCAUUAAAAUAUCGCAUGUGUUACUCCUUGCCACGUUAUCUUUGCCCCGCUUUACUGUUUUCAUCCAUUCGAAUAAGUUUGUGUCAUGCCAUAUUUUAUAAAGUUUGAUUGAUUACAAUUUUUUAUUUAUUUACUCUUUACCAAUUAACUAAUAUGUACUACUCAAUUUCACCUUUCUUUAUAAUCACACCACACCUUUUGUCCGAAUUUAGGGGGACAUAAGUAUAAGUAUUAUAUACAAAUUAAAC